AUGGUCUGUGAAGGUUGCAACAAGCCAAAGAAACAAGUUCGUAUGCAAGGUCUCGGAUGCAAUAAUAUGACCAAAGGCCAAAUUAAAGAGGCGUUAGGUGCCAUAAAGUUCAAGUUGCUCAAAGAGGUUCAAAAAAGCUUCAAAUCCGACAUCUGCUACCUCCACUUCUCAACAGUUCAAGGCGCAGCAUUCUUUUAUAACGCUUAUCAUGAAAAUGGUAUUAUUUUAAACAACAUGCAUUACACCAUCUUACCCGCCCAGUUCCCUGACGGUACUGUGGUCAAUUAUUCCGCCGCAACACCUACAUAA